CCUGGCCCCGAGAACUACAUUUCCCAGUAGGCAAUGGAAACCCAAAAGAAGUACGGAGAGGCGGGAGGGUCAAUCAUGACCGGAGAGUUGGCUCUUCGCCGGCUGGCUGGUUAAUCAGUGCUCAAAGCUGCCUCCGCCUUCUGACUGGAGAGCGAACUAGCCCGGGCGGAGCCACAGUCCUAGAGGCUGAGCGCAGUCGGAGCUGUCCCAUUUACCCGACCCGACGCCGGCGUGAUGUGGCUUCCGCUGGUGCUGCUUCUGGCCGUGCUGCUGCUGGCCGUCCUCUGCAAAGUUUACUUGGGACUAUUCUCUGGCAGCUCCCCGAAUCCUUUCUCCGAAGAUGUCAAACGGCCACCCGCGCCCCUGGUAACUGACAAGGAGGCCAGGAAGAAGGUUCUCAAACAAGCUUUUUCAGCCAACCGAGUGCCGGAGAAGCUGGAUGUGGUGGUAAUUGGCAGUGGCUUUGGGGGCCUGGCUGCAGCUGCAAUUCUAGCUAAAGCUGGCAAGCGAGUCCUGGUGCUGGAACAACAUACCAAGGCAGGGGGCUGCUGUCAUACCUUUGGAAAGAAUGGCCUUGAAUUUGACACAGGAAUCCAUUACAUUGGGCGUAUGGAAGAGGGCAGCACUGGCCGUUUUAUCUUGGACCAGAUCACUGAAGGGCAGCUGGACUGGGCUCCCCUGUCCUCUCCUUUUGACAUCAUGGUACUAGAAGGGCCCAAUGGCCGAAAGGAGUACCCCAUGUACAGUGGAGAGAAAGCCUACAUUCAGGGCCUCAAGGAGAAGUUUCCACAGGAGGAAGCUAUCAUUGACAAGUAUAUAAAGCUGGUUAAGGUGGUAUCCAGUGGAGCCCCUCAUGCCAUCCUGUUGAAGUUCCUCCCAUUGCCCGUGGUUCAGCUCCUCAACAGGUGUGGGCUGCUGACUCGUUUCUCUCCAUUCCUUCAAGCAUCCACCCAGAGCCUGGCUGAGGUCCUGCAGCAGCUGGGGGCCUCCUCUGAGCUCCAGGCAGUGCUCAGCUACAUCUUCCCCACUUACGGUGUCACCCCCAGUCACAGUGCCUUUUCCAUGCACGCCCUGCUGGUUAACCACUACAUGGAAGGAGGCUUUUAUCCCCGAGGGGGUUCCAGUGAAAUUGCCUUCCACACCAUCCCUGUGAUUCAGCGGGCUGGGGGCGCUGUCCUUACAAAGGCCACUGUGCAGAGUGUGUUGCUGGACUCAGCUGGGAAAGCCUGUGGUGUCAGUGUGAAGAAGGGGCAUGAGCUGGUGAACAUCUAUUGCCCCAUCGUGGUCUCCAACGCAGGACUGUUCAACACCUAUGAACACCUACUGCCGGGGAACGCCCGCUGCCUGCCAGGUGUGAAGCAGCAACUGGGGACGGUGCAGCCCGGCUUAGGCAUGACGUCUGUUUUCAUCGGCCUGCAAGGCACCAAGGAAGACCUGCAUCUGCCGUCCACCAACUACUAUGUUUACUAUGACACGGACAUGGACCAGGCGAUGGAGCGCUACGUCUCCAUGCCCAGGGAAGAGGCUGCGGAACACAUCCCUCUUCUCUUCAUCGCUUUCCCAUCAGCCAAAGAUCCGACCUGGGAGGACCGAUUCCCAGGCCGGUCCACCAUGAUCAUUCUCAUACCCACCGCCUACGAGUGGUUUGAGGAGUGGCAGGCAGAGCUGAAGGGAAAGCGGGGCAGUGACUAUGAGACCUUCAAAAACUCCUUUGUGGAAGCCUCUAUGUCAGUGGUCCUGAAACUGUUCCCACAGCUGGAGGGGAAGGUGGAGAGUGUGACUGCAGGAUCCCCACUCACCAACCAGUUCUAUCUGGCUGCUCCCCGAGGUGCCUGCUACGGGGCUGACCAUGACCUGGGCCGCCUGCACCCUCGUGUGAUGGCCUCCUUGAGGGCCCAGAGCCCCAUCCCCAACCUCUAUCUGACAGGCCAGGAUAUCUUCACCUGUGGGCUGCUCGGGGCCCUGCAAGGUGCCCUGCUGUGCAGCAGCGCCAUCCUGAAGCGGAACUUGUACUCAGACCUUAAGGAUCUUGAUUCUAGGAUCCGGGCACAGAAGAAAAAGAAUUAGUUCCAUCUCGGAGGAGUCAGAGGAAUUUGCCCAAUGGCUGGGGCAUCUCCCUUGACUUACCCAUAAUGUCUUUCUGCAUUAGUUCCUUGCACAUAUAAAGCACUCUAAUUUGGUUCUGAUGUCUGAAGAGAGGCCUAGUUUAAAUCACAAUUCUGAAUCUGGGGCAAUGGAAUCACUGCUUCCAGCCGGGGCAGGUGAGAUCUUUACGCCUUUUAUAACAUGCCAUCCCUACUAAUAGGAUAUUGACUUGGAUAGCUUGAUGUCUCAUGACGAGCGGCACUCUGCAUCCCUCACCCAUGCCUCCUAACUCAGUGAUCAAAGCGAAUAUUCCAUCUGUGGAUAGAACCCCUGGCAGUGUUGUCAGCUCAAGCUGGUGGGUUCAGUUCUGUCCUGAGGCUUCUGCUCUCAUUCACUUAGUGCUGCGCUGCACAGCUCUACUCUGUCAAGGGAAAAGGGAGACUAAUGAGGCUUAACUCAAAACCUGGGCAUGGUUUUGGUUGCCAUUCCAUAGGUUUGGAGAGCUCUAGAUCUCUUUUUUGCUGGGUUCAGUGGCUCUUCAGGGGACAGGAAAUGCCUGUGUCUGGCCCAGUGUUGUUCUGGAGCUUUGGGGUAACAGCAGGAUCCAUCAGUUAGUAGGGUGCAUGUCAGAUGAUUAUAUCCAAUUCAUAUGGAAGUCCCGGGUCUGUCUUCCUUAUCAUCGGGGUGGCAUCUGGUUCUCAGUGUGCCAGCAAGGACUCAGUACCUGAGCCUCAAUCAAGCCUUAUCCACCAAAUACACAGGGAAGGGUGAUGCAGGGAAGGGUGACAUCAGGAGUCAGGGCAUGGACUGGUAAGAUGAAUAUUUUGCUGGGCUGAAGCAGGCUGCAGGGCAUUCCAGGCAAGGGCACAGCAGGGGACAGCGCAGGGAGGUAUGGGGUAAGGGAGGGAAGUCACAUCAGAAAAGGGAAAGUUACAGAAUGUGUGUGAAGCCCAGAAAUGGCAUUUGCAGUUAAUUAGCACCUGUGAGGGUUAGACAGGUAGGUGAAUGCAAGCGCAAGGUUUGGAAAAAUGACUUUUCAGUUAUGUCUUUGGUAUCAGACAUACGAAAGGUCUCUUUGUAGUUCAUGUUAAUGUAACAUUAAUAAAUUUAUUGAUUCCAUUGCUUUAA